GGCGGAGGAGGCGGCGGCCGCUCUGCAGCGUGGAGACAACACCUACCUGUGGCAUGGGAGAAGAUCUUCUUGCACAAGAGCCUAAAAGCAUUUAAAGUUUGCAGAAUGAAAACAUGGCACAGGCAAUGCUAUUACCACCAGGAUCUGACAGCUUCUUCUAUUUCACCAAAGAAUCUCUUGCAGCUAUUGAAAAACGUAUUGCUGAUGAAAAAUCUCAUUGUGGCAAAGAUGAACAUAAAGAUGAUGGCAGUCUUGAAGAAAAUCACCCAAAGCCAAGCAGUGACUUGGAGGCAGGAAAAACACUGCCAUUUAUUUAUGGCGAUAUUCCUCCAGGAAUGGUAUCUGAGCCCCUGGAGGACCUGGAUCCAUAUUAUAUCAAUAAAAAAACAUUUAUAGUAUUGAAUAAAGGGAAGACAAUCUUCAGGUUCAGUGCCACACCUGCCUUGUACCUUUUAUCUCCUUUCAAUAUUAUUAGAAGAACAGCUAUUAAGAUUUUAGUUCAUUCAUAUCCUUUUCAAGUGGUUUCUUGA